AUGGGAUAUGAAGGAUUUGGUCUAGAUCACAUUAACCCACCACCUCAUAAAAAUGCACCAUUUAAAUCAUUAACGCAAGAACAACAAGCAGAAAGAAGUGCAGAACUAAUGGUAGACUUCAUGACUUCAUGUCCUGGUAAAACUAUAAUCAGUGGAGUUACUGGGUUUGCACUAGGUGGUAUCAUGGGUUUAUUCUUAUCAUCAAUGGCUUAUGAUACACCAUUACAUACUCCAUCACCAACAACUUCUAUUGCCGGUAUUAAUGGACAAGCUAUGGUUAAACAAUUCGCUGAUUUACCAAUGAAACAACAAAUUAGAUUACAAUUCUCUGAUAUGGGUAAAAAAUCAUAUUCAAGUGCUAAAAAUUUUGGUUAUAUUGGUAUGAUUUAUUCAGGUGUGGAAUGUACUGUAGAAUCAAUUAGGGCCAAAAAUGAUAUCUUCAAUGGGUUGACCGCGGGGUGUCUUACUGGUGGUGGGUUGGCUUAUAAGAAUGGUCCUCAAGCUGCAUUGGUUGGGUGCGCUGGGUUUGCUGCAUUUUCAUUAGCCAUUGAUCUUUAUAUGAAAAGUGAAGAUGGGAAACCUCCAAAGAACGAUUUUAAUGAGUGA